GACGUUGUCAUUGAUUUAGGUUCUUGUUUGUUGUUUGUUGUUUUUUCGUUUAAAUUUCGUUUUUAUUGUAAUUUUUUUUCUGAUUUGAAUAAAAAAGAUUUUCUAAUCCAAAAUGUAUUACAUUAAUCCUGGUAUUUUUUGUUUAUCAUUAUAUUUUAUUAUUGGCAUCGAUGCAUUUACCGGGACAUGGGGUAAAAUUUUUAGCGAUUCGACAGCAAUCGAAGAUGAAUUACAUAUUGCACGAACACCACCAUCAUCAUUAAUAUUGCCAAAUAUUUAUGAAAAUUGGACAAGAAUGUUUCGUACAAAUCAUAAAUAUCUUUCGGCAAAUUCAAGACGUAAAUCUACGGAACGAAAAUUAUUGGAAAAUAUUGGCAAUUAUCAACAAUAUUUAAAUACAGAAAUGUUAGCAUUAAUGCAAGAAAUGAAAUUUGAUCGUAUGGCUGUUAUUGUAAAUGAUGAACGACAAUUUAACAUUAAUCCAGAACGUUUCGAACAUCAUGGUAAUCGAUUAACAGUUGAAGAAUAUAUUCGUUGGCUAUAUGAAUUACAUAGAAUGUCAAAAGAUUUUAAAGAUGAAUUGAUUGAUGAACAACAGAUUGAAGGUCGAUUUGGUUGAAAUUUUAAUUUGUAAA